AACGGUAAGCAGAGAAGCCACCGGAGCAUAGAGGCGUUGUCACGUGGCAGUGGGAAUCCUCUGGGGAGUGAGAGCACUACCCCGACGGCCUCCAAACAGCGUCUUCAUCGAUCAGCAAGUAGAGAGGAUCGCAAGCCUUCGUGGAAGGGCUGGAUUCGUUUGGUUAAGCCGGAUCCUGGAGACUCAUUUGGCAUUGGGCUCUCAAAAGGCCUGUCAUCGCGAGGAAUUUACGUUUCCGCCAUUCGUCCAGGUUCAGUGGCUGAUACAUCUGGACUACUUCAGAUAUAUGAUCGAAUCCUCAAGGUGAAUGAGCUCUCGACGAGGGGACGGACGUGUCGAGAAGUGGUGGCUAUGAUACGAAGAUCGAGUCCCGUUUUGGAUCUCUUUGUUCACCGACGGCGUUGA